UGAUGUGAUUAUAUUCAACUCCACAGUUUUAGAUGUUUGGCAAUGUCCAUUGGUCCCACCAUCCCCAACCGCUCAUCCCUGGAGAUGGACUCCACUGUUCUGAGCCUUAGACUGGAGGUCCAGGGUCUUCACACUUGGCUCACCAGCGCUGAUGGCUGGCUCAUCUGGAGCCUCUGGAGGAAUGGGGGCGCUUGCUGCAAUGGCAGGUCGGAGGGAGAUGAAGAGUGAGGGCUCCUCAGAGGUGGGGUUGGUCUGGCUGAAGGUGUAGCCAGAGCUUGGCCCAGAAAGUCUUGGGGAGGAGUGAGGGGACCGGGGAGGGGACGAAGUCUGGGGCGUGGCUCCAAGGAGGAGGAGCGUGGCUCAGAACUGAGGCUGACUAGGGUGGAGCUCCAGAAGGACCGAGGUCGAUUGGGGGCGGAGUCUGGGCGGAUCAGAGGCGGGGCCCGGUUUAGAGGCGGGGCUCGGAGAGCAGCGGCUGGCUAGGGGCAGUCUUGGGCGGGGCAUGGGCGGGGUUUCGGGAGGACCGUGGCUAGGCCUGGACAGAGCCUGGGAGCGCAAGCCCGGCUGUGGGGGCGGAGUCGUGGGCAUGGGCGGGGCUCCGGGAGGACAGACCCUGGCUGGGACGGGGGCGUGGGCGGAGCUCCGUGAAGACCGAGCCGUGCUGGGGCGGGGCGUGGGCGGACUCCGUGGGCGGGCCCGGAACGCGGUGGGGAGGCGGGGUCGGGUGAGGGCACCGCACUCCGGGUGUGGCGGUCCGAGCGCCGGGGGCGGCGCCACGGCGGGCGGGGCGGCCGGCGCGCUGUGUGGCCUUGGCCAUGAAGCCGCAGCCACCGGGCUAGGCCCGGGGCGGCUCCAGGCCUGGGCGGCCCGCAGAGGGCUGGGCCGGUCCCCGGCUCCGGUUCCCGGGGCGGCGGGUGGCCACUCACCAUGCCAGGCAAGCACCAGCAUUUCCAGGACCCCGAAGUCGGCUGCUGCGGGAAAUAUUUCCUGUUUGGCUUCAACAUUGUCUUCUGGGUUCUGGGAGCCCUGUUCCUGGCCAUCGGCUUCUGGGCUUGGGGCGAGAAGGGUGUUCUCUCCAACAUCUCGGCGCUGACAGAUCUAGGAGGUCUAGAUCCUGUGUGGCUGUUUGUGGUGGUUGGGGGUGUAAUGUCGGUGCUGGGCUUCGCUGGCUGCAUUGGUGCCCUCCGGGAAAACACCUUCCUGCUGAAGUUUCUGGCGACAGGGAUCCUGGCCUUUGUCUUCAAGGACUGGAUUCGAGACCAACUCAAUCUCUUCAUCAACAGUAAUGUCAAAGCCUACCGGGAUGAUAUUGACCUUCAGAACCUUAUCGACUUUGCUCAGGAAUAUUGGUCUUGCUGUGGUGCCCGAGGGCCCAAUGACUGGAACCUCAAUAUCUACUUCAACUGCACUGACUUGAACCCAAGCCGCGAGCGCUGUGGGGUGCCCUUUUCCUGCUGUGUUAGGGAUCCUGCGGAAGAUGUCCUCAAUACCCAGUGUGGCUAUGACAUCCGACUCAAACUGGAGCUUGAACAGCAGGGCUCCAUCUACACCAAAGGCUGUGUGGGCCAGUUUGAGAAGUGGCUGCAAGACAACCUGAUUGUGGUGGCCGGGGUCUUGGUGGGCAUUGCCCUCCUCCAGAUAUUUGGCAUCUGCUUGGCCCAGAACCUCGUGAGUGACAUCAAGGCAGUGAAGGCCAACUGGAUCAGCCAUGGUGAUGGCUACAAACUACUCAAUAAACAGCACUUUGAAAAACAGUGGCUUAUACUCACCAUCUUCGAAGGUUCUGUUGGCAGCACGGCCUCAGGGCUCUCCAGUGAGGGCCCCGGCCUGCACCCAACCGCCUAACAAGGUCUCACAGGUCUGGGUGACUUACGCACCUGAGAUAGCCUUUUAAGUGGGUGUAUUGCCUUAAAGCCCACAUCUCCUGCUUCUCCUGAAGAGUGACUGUGUGGCCACACCAGCUUCUCAGUGUCAUCGUCAUCUACAGCAGGACAUAGAGACACCUCAGCUGGCCUGUUCUGUGUACCUGACCCCCAGCAUCUGAGAGUUGACCUUUCCAACCCCUGUGGAUUACUCCUGGAAAACACCUCAGGGCUUCUGUGUUUCAGCCUCAAGAAAGGCAAAAGGAUCUGAAGAGUGGGGUACUGGAGUUCACCCCUGAGAGGGUGUAGCCUGGUGGCUCCUAGUUGUGCUGGGCACUGAGGUGGGUGGCAGAAGGUCCAGAAGAGUGGCUGAGUAGUGGGAGGAGGGCAAGAAGGUCGUGCAAAAGGAGUGCCUGGAAGCCCACAGCUUGGCAUCUAUGAGGGUGAAGUGAGUCUAUUUUGGGGUCCACCAGCUGUUGGUUUAAAAAUCUUCUCCAUGACCUGCAGUGGUGCCUUGAGGCCACCAGAGGGCACAUCAACACCACAGUCUCUGCAUCUGGCUUUCCUCACACCCUCACCUCAGUACCUACCCUGCUUACACUGAGUGGCUUGCAAACUUCUAAAGAAGCAAACCAGCUCAGGCUUAGGCGAUCUGGCUGCCCAAAGGGCUAGUAUGUGUGAAAUGACCAUUUUCUCCCCUUUCCCUGUGCUGUUUCAAAGGUCGCAGCUCUGGUGCCCUCUGUUCCCUCGGUGAGUUACAGUGAGUGUAACAGAGUAGUGGGAUCUGAUCUGCCUUGGUCUUGAUUAGCACUGGAGACCAGACAGAGGGAGACGGAGGUUCUGUGAUGAUGAAAUAUCUAUGUGCAAUCUGGAUGAUGAUAAUGACCUGCUUGGGAGUACAGGGGAAUACAGUGGGCACUGUGUCGAGACAGGUCCUCACCCACAGGUGCUGACUGCUGUUCAGUUGUAGCAAAUUGCUGUGGUGUGGGAAUGUAGGGCUGACAGCAGAAAUCUCAGAGAAGCUGGGAAUCUGCGGCUCUUUAAGAUAGCCAGAUUUUAACUCAAACCUGCAGGCAUCACUGAGAUCCUGGAGCCCAGCCUCAGCUCCUGUGUCAGCAUCAAGCACAGUGGCCCUGACUACUAAGCCCUGUGAGGGUGCUGGGAGCUGCAGCCACGGAGGCUGACCAGGCAGUGUGCCCCUGGUUGCCUUGUCCCCUGGCAUGGGCUGCACAGAGCUCUUGGUGGCACCGGCUAUAGUGGUGUGUACACGGCAAUAAAUACAGCUCAAAAAGCA